AUGUCGUCUCACCACUCCCAAGGGGAGGCUCUCGAUGACGUUGGCCACAACCCUCACGCGUCCGCCAACAGAUGGCGCCAUCAAGAGAGCUCUGCCUUCGCGCGCCAUGCCGCCCAGGCCCACGCAGUGCCCCGCGACCCUCAGGACCGCGGUACCACAAACGAUCUUGCCAGCUUCCUAAACCGCGACCGCGUCGAGCCCGAGAACCCCAACGCCGCACCAAACUUCAAGCCCAUCAUGAUCGCUGCCGGCGAGGCCACCGGCGACGAGCAGCCUCGCGCGACCACCGCCCACUCCUAUGAGCAGCCAGACGCUCCCGAUGGCAAGGAGAUCAUUUGCGGUCCUCUACUCAACUACCGCAGGAUGGACGCGGAUCGCUGGUAUGGAAGCGUCUUGAUCGUCGCUAAGGGCGGGGGAAAGACGCAGAGCUUCGCGCCGCACCUCAUUCUGCGUCCCGCGGGCUCUGCCGACACCCAGCAGGUUAUUCAUGAGGCGAAUGGCGUUAACGGAACGAAUGGUACCGUCAAUGGUGAAGGCUCCAACGGCGCAAACGGCGCUGGCGCGAACAGCUCCGAAAUCCAGGGCCAAUGCCUCUACUCAGACCCGCGCAACACCUUCUGGGCGUUUGACUUGUCGCUUCCUCUAUCCCAGGCCGAGGCUAAGUGGGAGUACCUGAUACCCGACAUGCGCUUCUCCAGUAUCCGCCCAGACCGCUACCAUUUCUUUGUCCCCGCCGUUAACGAGUCGAUGCGCAUCAUGUUCCACUCUUGCAACGGCUUCAGUGUUGGCACCGACGAGGAUGCUUGGAGCGGUCCCGCCCUGUGGAACGAUGUCAACAGACAUCACAAGGAACGUCCGUUUCAUGUCAUGCUUGGGGGUGGCGAUCAGAUUUACAAUGACGGAAUUCGAGUCGACGGUCCUUUGCGCGAGUGGACCGAUAUCUCGAAUCCCAAAAAGCGCAGGCAUUUUCCCUUCCCGGAGAAGCUCCGCCAAGCUUGCGAUGACUACUACUUGAAGAACUACAUUCGAUGGUACUCUACUGAGCCCUUCGCCACGGCCAACGGCCAGAUUCCCCAGGUCAAUAUCUGGGACGACCACGACAUCAUCGACGGAUUCGGUUCCUAUGUCGACGAUUUCAUGCGAUGCGACGUCUUCAGGGGCAUUGGCGGAACUGCUCACAAGUACUACAUGCUAUUUCAGCACCACUUGCCUCCCCCGGUAUCGACUUACACAUCCGAUCGCACGACCACCACCGAAGGGCAGGGACUUGACCCUAACCAACUCAUGGACACCUAUGUAGCACCCGCAAAGUCUGACCCGAGCUACAUUGUUGGAACACAGCCUGGCCCGUACGUGGCGGAGCAUUCGCACAACAUGUUUGCCCGACUGGGAGCGCGUAUCGCCUUCCUGGGUAUUGACGCUCGAACUGAGCGUACGAGACACCAAAUCAACUACCCCGAGACAUAUGACUUGAUAUUCAGCCGCCUCAGACAUGAGUUGAAGACUGCCGCUGAAUCAGGACGCCCUUUGAAGCAUUUGAUAUUGCUGUUGGGAAUCCCGAUUGCGUAUCCGCGCCUUACGUGGCUGGAGAACGUCUUCAGAAGCCCCAUCAUGGGACCGGUCAAGUUCUUGAACCGAAGAUUCGGUCUUGCUGGCGGUGUUUUCAACCACUUCGAUGGCAGUGUCGACUUGCUUGAUGACCUCGAUGACCACUACACGGCCAGAACGCACAAGAAGGAGCGCGGAGCUCUGGUCGAAAGACUCCAGGCUAUCGCAUCGGAAUUCUCGGUUCGCAUCACCAUUCUCGGCGGCGACGUGCAUCUCGCCGCACUUGGCCGCUUCUACUCGCACCCCCGUCUGAACAUUGCCACCGAGAACGACCACCGAUACAUGGCCAACGUGGUGUCAUCUGCCAUCACCAACAAGCCACCGCCGGCUGCGAUCGCCAACCUGCUGGCGAGACGAAACAAGAUCCACCACUUGAACCACGAUACAGACGAGACGCUUCUCAAGUUCUUCGAUAAGGAUCCGGGCGACUCGAGCAAGACGUCAAGCUCCAACCAUGUGACCAUGCCCAGCCGUAACUUUGCCAUCUUGACGGAGAACUCGCCCAACCGCGGACUCGCAGCGCCGUCGAUCAAUGGAGAUGCAAGGUCGACGAUUUCGGGCAAGGGCGGGCACGAUUACCUGCACCUCGGUGAGAUCGAGUCUGGCUCCAAGCACAAGGCGGCUACGGCGCAACAUGGUACUGGCAACGAUGGUAGUCUGGAUAUCUGCAUCCGGGUCGAGGUCAACCAGCACGAUCCCGAAGGCAUUACGGAAGGCUACGGCCUGACUGUGCCUUUGCUCAAGUACAACUCCAAGCCGGAGCGUGUGAUGCCAUUCCCUGAGCAAGAGCGACCCAACGGUGACGGGGAAUAA